AUGCGCACGCUUUCUGCAAACUGUCUGAUUGACCGCGUGAAAAAAAGCUGCGUAUUGGAUAUCCCCACUGCAGAAAAAGGAGUACCCAAAUAUUAUGGUUGGGAAACUUGCUUACCUUCAGGAAAAGGGCAGCGUGAAGGAGAUCAUGUUUCGCGUGAUAGCAGGCUUGUAUCUAGGAAAAGGGGUAAAAUAUUAUCAGAACCUGAACAAAUUGAUCUUGGGUCCCUAAUAAUUCGACUUCUCAACGCCUUCACACCUCAGAAUGAGCUUAGCCGGUUUCGAGAAGUCUACCUGGUUAUGGAGUUGAUGAGCCACAACCUACAUCAGGUGAUAAACAAGCUUCGGUGA